AGCCAUUAAAACGAAACGAAACGGACGACGGCCAUUUCGAUCUAUAUCUGAUCGCAUCAACUUCUUUUUCCUUACGCUUUGGUUAAGAAACGUGAGUUAUCCGAAAUGACCAAUUCCAAGGGUUACCGUAGAGGAACGCGAGACCUCUUCUCGCGAAAAUUCCGUAGACAUGGAGUCAUACCCUUGUCUACGUACAUGAAAGUAUAUAAAGUAGGUGACAUUGUUGAUAUUAAAGGUAAUGGUGCGGUACAAAAGGGUAUGCCCUACAAAGUCUAUCAUGGCAAGACUGGAAGGGUAUUCAAUGUCACCCAACAUGCUUUGGGCAUCAUUGUCAACAAGAGAGUGCGUGGACGCAUCAUUGCGAAGAGAAUCAAUGUUAGAAUUGAACAUGUUAAUCAUUCAAAGUGUAGAGAAGACUUCUUGACAAGGGUUAAGGAGAAUGAAAGACUCCGUAAGGAGGCCAAAGAAAUCAAAGCACAGGUGUCUCUUAAAAGACAACCUGCUCAACCAAGACCGGCACAUAUUGUGUCUGGUAAGGAAAAGCCGCAACUUUUGGCUCCCAUACCCUAUGAAUUUAUAGCAUAAGAUGAAAUAAACUUAAUUUGUAAUAAUUUAAA